AAUCUGUAAGUUAGGAGACUUAUCCAAAAUUUUGAGGUGGUGGGCAUAUGACUUGAAGUUUUUUGCCUUAAAACUAUAAUAACAGAAUCAGGAAAUGGAAUUCAAAAGGUUUAACAAGCUAUUAUUCAUUUGUCCAUGAUGGGGCAUUCCAGAGCCUUGAAGCACUACAGAGUAAAUACAGAUUGCGUUCAGACGACUUUCACAGAUACUUGCAGGUUUAACCAAAACCUAAAAGUAGUAUUCGGAAGGGGAGUUUCAGGGUUCCUGCUGGUGUUUCUAUCAUCACUGAAGUCCAGAUCAUGCAACAAAAUUGUAUCCAAACUUUAUAAUGACAUCCUACAGUCUUAACAAGACAACAUACUGAAACAAACUUAAACCAUGUUGUGUUUGUUCAUUAGUAAUGUUGUUAUGCAGUUACACCCCUGACUAGCAGAGGGCGCUCUGACUGUGGAAUAGCCUGUAAGGCAGAAGAGUAAGAGAGAGUAGAGAGGGUGUACCGGCCUGCCAUGCUUAUGAGACCUCCGCAUUAAACGUUAUUGAAGAAUUAUUAAGUCUUUUUAUUUCUUCUGCAACACCAACAGAACAAAUUGGCGACGAGGAUGAGUGCAUCAGUACCGUGCCCACCAUUUUUUCUUCCACGUGUUGGUGAGCCGCCGAUACCUUUAGCUACAAAGCGGAAGAUGUUCAAGAAUUACAUGCUAGUAAUCAAUGCUACAGGAGAAGCAUGGCCAGAUGCGAGGAAAAGAGCCGUGUUACUACACUGCCUUGGACCAGAGGGACAGCGCCUUUUUUACACUCUACCAGACCAAGGAGAUACUAUUGCUGCUGCAAUGGCUGCACUGGAGAAACAGUUCGUGCCUAAAGUCAAUGUUGUGGCAUGCCGGCAUUCAUUCAGACAAUGUGUUCAGUGCUCGGACAAGUCAGCAACUCAGUACGUGGCUGCGCUAAGGGACCUAGCUGCGCCAUGUGGAUUUGGAAUGAUGGAGGGUGAGAUGAUACGAGAUCAACUCAUUUCUAAUGCAUAUCUCAGUGCUGUGCGGGAUAAACUGCUCCUUGAGGAUGACUUGACUCUAGACAGUGCGCUAAUUAUUGCUACUCAAGUGGAGGCUGCUGUCAAAAAUGCUACACUGCUAGCUCAGAGACACAGUCCUACAGCAUCAGUACAGGCUGUCGGGACGUCACGCUCAACUGUUCAGGGGAAGAGAGACGCGCACCCCGCCAAGACCACUGCACAUGACCGUACCAGGCGCGCUCCAGCUGCCAAUAAACAACAAAGCAAAUGCUUCAGAUGUGGAUCUAACAAACACCUGGCCAGUGACAAAAACUGCCCCGCUGCUUCAGUACAAUGUAAUAAUUGUGGGGAAACAGGACAUUUCUCCAAGGUAUGUAGGUCAAGUGCCAAAACUGUAAACCAAAUACAGGAAGUUGUUGUGCCAGAGCUAGCUAUUCUCUGCGUAGAUGAUGUCAAAGUAGCAGCAGCAGCAUGUGAUAAACUUACCUGCAAAGUAAAUGUUGAGGCACCAAAAGGAAAUGGACCUGCAUUUGAGCUAAUAGUGGAUACUGGGGCUGCCAUAUCUAUUCUGCCUGAGUCAAUAUACAGAAAAUACUUUGGAUGUUGCACGCUGAAAGAGCCAAAAGUCCAGCUCGUUACUUACUCCAGGGGUUACUUACCUGCACUAGUGUCUUGAAGCACAAAUUACAACUACUGAGAAAGGCAACAUUGUACCAGCAACCUUCUACAUUGUGAAAGCUGGAUCUGCUCUGCUGGGCUUGGACCUGAUUAGAGCCCUAGGGGUCAGCAUAGCUGAUGGUAAAGUGAUCCUCAACAAGGACAGUGCAAAUACACCAUCUGCUAGUGAGCCCAAAGAAACAGUGUAUAACACUGAUUCUACUUCAGCUCAAACACUUGGAUGCGUCAAAGGAUUUAUUCACAAAGUACAAGUCAACAAUACAGUGCAUCCUGUAUGCCAAAAACUACGACAUCUACCACUCAGCAUCCGCAAAGAAGUCUCUGCAGAACUGACCCGACUACUCCAAGCAGGCAUCAUUGAAAAAGUUGAUGCAUCAGAAUGGGUGACUCCUCUCAUUGUAGGAAGAAAACGCAAAGGGGGGCUGCGGCUAUGUGUUGACUUGCGUGAACCAAAUAAAAGUGUCAUCAUGGACUGCUACCCGCUCCCUCACAUGGAGGACCUGUUUGCUCAACUGUCUGGGGCUACACACUACAGCCAGAUUGACCUGAGCUCAGCAUACCACCACCAGUUGCCGCUACACCCAGAAAGCCGUAAGCUGACUGCUUUUAUAACCCAUGAUGAAUUGUUUCAGUUCACUCGAGUCCCCUUUGGCCUUGCGUCUGCUCCAUCCACAUUUCAAAAAAUGAUGGAGACAGUACUGAAGGACUUACCAGGUGUACAGAACUACCUGGAUGACAUCAUUGUGUACGGAGCUUCAAAAGAAGAACAUGAUCAGUGCCUACAAGCAGUCUUCAACCACCUGAGUGAGGCUGGCCUGCAGAUCAACUUCGGGAAAAGUGCCUUUUCUCAAACACAGAUCACAUUCCUGGGACAUGUAAUCUCCAGGGAAGGCCUACGUCCCAGCACACAGAUCACCUCACUGCCAUCGCUGAAGCACCUGCACCCGAAGACAUGCCAGCGCUGCGCUCAUUCUUAGGUCUGACUUCCUGGUUCAGCAAAUUCAUCUCCAACUAUGCUACACUUGUUGAACCUCUGCGUCGACUGCUCAAAACCAGUUGACAAGUUGGACUACAUUGGGACAGUGCUGCAAAUGAAAGCUUCACAAAACUAAAACAGAUGCUACUGGACAGUCCUGCUCUUGCUAUGUACAACCCAAAACUGCCUACAGUCAUCACAACAGAUGCUUCUGACCACGGCUUAGGGGCUGUUCUAACACAGAUUCAACCUGACAAUACCGAGCGAAUUGUAGCGUUUGCUUCACGCACACUGACACCUGCUGAAAAGAAAUACUCCACUACUGAGAAGGAAGCCCUCGCCUGCGUGUGGGCUGUCGAGAGAUGGAGGACGUACGUUUGGGGAUGCAGAUUCACUCUCCACACGGAUCAUCAGGCUCUGACUACACUCCUCAACACAAAAGGUAUGAACAGAGCAGGGAUGAGAGUUGCAAGAUGGUCUGCCAGGCUGAUGUGUUUUCAGUAUGACAUCGAGUACCGCCCUGGGAACCAAAAUAUACUGGCUGAUUGUCUCUCCCGGGUUCCCCUUCAGUCAACUACAUCAACUGAACCUUAGCCAGACUUGUUCGUUGAAAUAGCUGAAAUCUCCCCACUCCUUUCUUCACUGCCCCUCGCUGACUUUAAAGUAGCAUCAGAGGAUUGUUCUGAACUGCAGAAACUCAGACUGGUCAGUCAGUCCAAAUGGCCAAAGGCUAAAAAGUCUCUUCCAACUGAGCUACAACUGUACUUCCUGAUAAGACAUGAACUUGCAGUUGAUUCCCCAGUGAUAUUUCGAGGUACUUGCCUGGUUGUUCCCAAGUCACUCAGAGAGCGCAUAGUACAACUUGCACAUGAAGGACACCAGGGCAUAGUGCGCAUGAAGCAACGCCUCAGAGAACUUUACUGGUGGCCGAACAUGGACAACUUAGUUCACAGUGUCCUCUCUUCAUGCACAGUGUGCCAGUCCUGUGACAAAACUGCCAAAACAUCACCUGCCCCACUACAGCCUGUAGACUUUCCUGAAUGCCCUUUUCAACAUGUGGCUGUGGACAUCAUUGGCCCUUUUAAACGGGGACCACUGGACUGUAGAUUCGCUAUUACUUUGGUGGACUACUUUAGUAAAUGGCCUGAAGUAGCUUUCACCCCAAAUGCAACUACAGCUACUGUCAUUACUUUCCUGUCAAGUGUGUUUGCAUGUGAAGGUAAUCCCUGUGCUGUAACUUCUGAUAACGGUCCACAGCUCACUUCUUGUGAUUUUGCAGACUUCCUACGAGAAAGAGGAAUCAAGCACAUCAGAACAAGCGUUUACCAUCCUCAAGCUAAUGGAUCUGUUGAACGGUUCAACAGAGUGCUCAAAGACUGUAUCCAGGGAGCACAGGCUGCUCAAAAGCAAUGGAAGCCUACUGUAACUGCAGUGUUUCAGAACUACCGAGCCACACCCCAUGCUACAACCAACGAGUGUCCAUUUCAGCUUCUCAGGGGAAGGCCUAUGAGAACCAAGCUACACAUUUUGCCACAACAUGAUCACACAGAUGUUACAACGAAGUAAGAGUCAGAGUCGCUCUGCAACAAGCCAAGAGUAAGAGCUACACUGACAAGAAGAGUGGUGCUAAACCUCCUAAACUUGCAGUUGGAGAUAAGGUGCGUAUACGGAAGCCUUUCUAUGUUGGAAAAGGAGAGAGACAAUACACUGAUCCUGUGUCCAUUCAACAACAGACCGGAUACAGCACCUUCAUCUUGAGCGAUGGGAAAAGAUGGAAUGCAACACAUCUUUCUCUCUGCCCAGAAAGAGCAGAGGAACGAUCAUGUCAAGCUAGUACUGCUGGACAAAACGCUAGCUUGCCAGAGACUUUUCCAAACCGUACAAAUCCACAAAGAGUGCACAAACCACCAGGAUGGACUAAAGACUAUGUAAUGAAAUAAGACAAAAGCUAAAGCUAAGAUCAGAAAAAUAGGUAACAUUUACAUGAAGUUCAAAGGUUAAAAAAAUAUAUAUACCUGGGUUAAAAAUGAACUGUUCAGUAAAACUUGAAAUGUACUAUACUAAUGUAAACUGUUUCCUUAAGUUACCUAAAAGUACUUGUUGUGGUUUCUCUGAUGUGCAGGUUAAGAAGAAACGUCCGUUGACACUGACUUGCUCAAUAAUAUGUUUAUUAUAAGGAAGAACAGCAUUAGUCAGACAGAGACUGUCUGGGAGAAUUCAGCCAAAUGAACCUCUCCGAACCCCAACUGGAGGUCCCUUUUAUAUGCUCUAAACAAGGAGGGCAAAUAUGCAGUCACAACAAAUAGUUUCAGCUAAAAGACCAAAAUAUUAAACAGAGGGUCCUGUCAAUCUUUCUCCUAGACCCAAGAGCCCCAUCACUCAAAAUCUUGGACAUAGGUACCUUAAUAAGGGUCCCUUCUAAAAGGAGAACGCAUUCCAUUGUAAUAGACCAUACCUCCCAGAUUCCAUAUGAUAAGUAACACAUCAGAUACUACAUUUCCCCCCUUCGACACUGAUAAGGCGUCGAAAACAUCAUUAUAGCAUCGGUUACACAAGAAUUACACCGAAUGUCUAUGACAUUUCCUUUUGUCUGUGCUAAUCACAGCCCAAGCUCAGCAUUAUAGUAACUUUGUGGAGUGUGAGAGUGAAAAACCUGCCUGGCAGCUAUCUUUCCAAAUUAUCCAUCAACAAUCAAGACAGGAAAAUUCUCUCACGGUCCCUCUGCCUAGGCGACCACAUAUGGUACUCCAUUCCAAUUAGAAAAGAAUCAAACAAUCAUGUGAAAUAGAUGGAAGUAAAUACAUUUGGGAAUCACAGAAAAAAAAAAUCAAAAAUUGUCCAAAGUCAGGCUGGUCGACCCAUCGCACCCUUCAGUGGACCUCCUCCUGCCUAACAUUACCGUCCCUAAGCAAUCGCAAAAGAAAGAAAACACCUGAGAUCACAAUGUACUCACCUCCUAGCAGACCAUCAUUCAUUUAUAGGGGCUUUCGACCAAAGAGCACCAGGUGCUAGGUUGGUUCAAAGUUGAGAGCCAGUGCUUUUUUGGUUCAAAUCUCGUGCCGCCCCAGAACGGGUUUGUGUUUCCAUUCGGAAGGAGCAAAGUUGGAGCUGCGUCAUUGCGCCACCACAAAACGUGUGUACGUCACUGCGUACGUAGCGGUUCAACAGCGUUCGCGCUGUACGGAAACCCACACAACAACAAUGGAGGACUUCAUUGGAGUGGUGUACAUGGCUUUGCUAGUGUGUCUCGCCAUCGCUGAACAGCAAAACCUUCUGUUAGGGGUUACCCAUCGGCGUCGCCGUUCCAAUGCCCGGCGAUCACGUUUGAGAAGAAAGAUGUUUUUAGAUGUCACCCCGCCCCCUGCCCGUGACAUGCUCGGCUCUCAACUCUGGCCAAGUCUGGCCCAGCAACGAGUUGGUGCCCGAAAAAGCCCCAGUUUUUGGAGCCCGGAGCCGCAGCUCCGGUGGUGGAAAGACAAAAAACCGGUGCCAAGUCGGGCACCGGCUCCGACUCCGAACGGGCUCCACCCCGGUCGAAAGCCCCUAUUAGUAAUCAGCAUAUGAAUGAAAAAGUACAGAGUAUUCAUCAGUAUCACAGAAUACAACACAAUCCAACUAAAUUCAAUACUGCAAAAAUGUAUAGGGAACAUAUGAAUAUAUCAAACUGUCGCUCUUCAGCAGCAGCUCCUGAUGUCGUAGUAGGCUCUCAUUGCAUGUCCUCAUUCGGGAUUCUCCCUCCUUCUCCAUUGUCCAUCUCUGAGCAUUCAGUUCAUCCGGCUGUAGGGAUCUCUACACCACAGCCACUCUCUCCCCUUAGUGUUCUGGGAAGAAACAAAUCAUCCACCAGUAUCUUGCAACCAACAACAUCAUGUAUUGUAAUUCACUUUGACAUAUUAUCAUCAGAUUAUCAUCAGACAUCUUGCAGUCCCCCCUUUGAUCAAACUAAAUCCCCUUAGGAGUUUGGACAUCUCUAUUUUAAGUGACAACCCAACAUAAAAGAUGAAGACGACAAUGAAGUCAGAUAUGCAAAAUGUAAAUUCCUCAGCUCACUUGGAUGACACCCAUCAUCUAAUUUAGACCCCCGUGUUGUCAGAUGUCAACAGAGCAGUAUUUCAACAUACCAUUGAUUCCUCUCUUUUUAUUUAUUUUCUUUGUUUUUACAAACACCUUGACCUUAUGGAUGGUAAAUAACUCCCAAAUACAGUUCAAUACUCAAUUCUGUAGGACUAAGU